AUGAUUAUUAAAAACAAUAUUAAAUAUGCAUGUGAGCCCUGCAUCAAGGGACAUAAAGUUGCCAGCUGUAAUCACGCCGACAGACCUUUAGUCCAGAUCAAAAGAAAAGGUAGACCAUCUACUGCAUGUUUUCAUUGUAAAGAACUCCGUAUGGUGAGGAAUGUAAAUCCAUCAGGGUCAUGCAAAUGUCAUAGCAAGAAGGCAACGUCAACAUGUGGCUGCACGCAUGGCAACCCCUGUAAAUGCCACACGAGGCGAAAGAGAGGUCAAAAUAAAGCACCGAACGCCGUAGAAAACUCACCAAGCUUCUCUGUCAUUACACCCACCAGUCUUGAGGAUAAGGAUAUCAAUACCCUAUUAAAUCCGCUAACAAAUAUAUUUAGCUCUAUAGAAAGUAUAAAUGAAGAAUCACAAAAUUUAACAUCGCCGACAAUGGCAUCAGAUUUCUCACCCCAGGAUAAUAAGCAGGACGACUUAACCAGCAUGUAUGUUCCUAUCGUUGACUUGAAUCAUAAUAAUAAUUCGUCGUUAUAUGAUUUAACUGGGGACCUAAAUGAUGAUGGAAAUUGGUCACUAUAUAAUUCAAACUUAGGAGAUUUUUCUAAUUUUAAUGCAUCUGAUCAGAAUUUAGGUUUGGAGUGA